AUGUUCAUGGAGACAGAUAUAACGAUUGGAAGCGAUAUUCAUGGAAACAUAAAAGGAUGCAGCAAGAAAAUCUAUUGCAACAACUCGAUCUCUUCCGGCGACCGUGCGUUGCGCGAGGCCCCCUUCGGCCCCCCUUCGGCCCCCUUCGGCCCCCUUCGGCCCCCCUUCGGCCCCCUUCGGCCCCCUUCGGCCCCCUUCGGCCCCCUUCGGCCUCCUUCGGCUCCCUUCGGCUCCCUUCGGCCCCCUUCGGCCCCCUUCGGCCCCCCUUCGGCCCCCUUCGGCCCCCUUCGGCCCCCUUCGGCUCCCUUCGGCCCCCUUCGGCCCCCUUCGGCCCCCUUCGGCCCCCUUCGGCCCCCUUCGGCCCCCUUCGGCCCCCUUCGGCCCCCUUCGGCCCCCUUCGGCCCCCUUCGGCCCCCUUCGGCCCCCUUCGGCCCCCUUCGGCCCCCUUCGGCCCCCUUCGGCCCCCUUCGGCCCCCUUCGGCCCCCUUCGGCCCCCUUCGGCCCCCUUCGGCCCCCUUCGGCCCCCUUCGGCCCCCUUCGGCCCCCUUCGGCCCCCUUCGGCCCCCUUCGGCCCCCUUCGGCCCCCUUCGGCCCGCGCCCGAACGAGUUGCGGCGUGGGAGGCAGGCCAGGCGGCGUCGCUUUAUCUCCGGCGUCCUUUCAAAGGCCUUUUGGCCACGGGGGUUCCUCAUGGCGAACCUCUAGGCAGGCCCUUGGCCCAUCUCUAG